AAGUCAUACACAUCAUAUCAUGCAGCCGGACUGAUAUGUCUUCGCGAGGUCAUCAAGGCCUGCACGUAGAGAGAGAGAGUACGAAUCCGCGAACCGCCACUCUUGAUUACUCCAUACUGGCUCGUAGCUUAGUAUUGUAUCUUGCACAUGGCAAGCCGACACUGAGACUUUAUUUAGAAUGCGGCCUUAUUUAUGGGCUGUUUUAACUUUGGCCUUCGCAGCUUUCAGUCUACAUUUUACCGUCUGUAAUUCUCGAAAGAAGUUAUUUUCUAAUACUUGGGCCGUGCAGAUCGAAGGAGGCAAGACACAAGCAGAUAGGAUAGCGAAAUCACAUGGCUAUAUCAACUUAGGGCCGGUUGGCACAUUAGAUGGUUUUUAUUUAUUUCGACAUGAUGAUCACCCAAAGAGAUCUCGGAGAAGUUUAGAGGAUCACACUGAUAGACUCCUGAGGGAAGAAAGCGUCAAAUGGGCUGAACAACAAGUUAUAAAACGGAGAGUAAAACGCGACUUUAUUCCGAUUCUAAACGAUCCUCUGUUUGAGGAACAAUGGCACCUCCACAACAAAAAGGCCGGAUACGAAGCAUUCGAUCAUCAUGUUCUACCCGUUUGGCAAAUGGGGGUCUAUGGCAAGGAUGUGGUGGUGUCCAUCUUAGAUGAUGGGAUCGAGUACACACACGACGAUCUGAAAGAAAACUACGACAAACUGGCAAGUUACGACUUCAAUUCAAAUGACGCGGACCCAGCUCCCCGGUACACAUGGAACGACGAGAACCGCCACGGAACCCGCUGUGCAGGAGAAGUGGCGGCUCAGAUGAACAAUAGCGUUUGUGGUGUCGGCGUGGCUCCUAAGGCUAAAGUCGGAGGCGUGCGCAUGCUCGAUGGUGACGUCACAGAUGCUGUAGAGGCAGGCUCCCUCAGUUUGAAUCCACAGCAUAUAGAUAUAUACAGUGCGAGCUGGGGGCCGGACGACGAUGGGAAAACCGUGGAUGGUCCUGCACGGCUGGCGAGAAAAGCCUUCACGGACGGCAUAGAAAAGGGCCGUGGUGGAAAAGGCUCCAUCUAUGUGUGGGCGAGCGGAAACGGAGGUCGAACCUCCGAUAAUUGCAAUUGUGAUGGUUAUACAAACAGCAUUUACACGCUGUCUAUCAGCUCUGUGACGGAGAUUGGAAAUUCCCCGUGGUACUCUGAGGCUUGCUCUUCGACACUUGCUUCCGCUUUCAGCAGUGGCUCUUGGAACAACAGGAAAAUUGUUACCGUUGAUGUCAGAAACCGCUGCACCAAGACACACACAGGGACCUCUGCCUCGGCUCCCCUGGCGGCGGGGAUUCUGGCCAUGGCACUCGAAGUCAACCGUAACCUGACGUGGCGGGACAUGCAGCACAUCGUUGUUCGCACAUGCACUAUGGACAAGCUUAACAUGCAUGACGUUGUUACGAACGGUGUGGGCCGUUUAGUGAGUCACACGUUUGGAUACGGCCUUCUCGAUGCUACGCGUUUAGUCAAGUUGGCGCGUGUGUGGAGGACUGUACCGCCACAGCGAGUGUGUCUGGAAGUUCCUUCAGAGAAAGCUAGGAAGAUUCCGGAUGACGGGGCGUUGACCGUGAGGACUGAGGCGACCGGCUGUACUGGGACCGCUAACGAGAUCAGAUAUUUGGAGCAUGUAGAGUGUAUUAUAUCUUUGGACUCCGUUAAACGAGGAGAUAUAUCAAUCUAUCUCACCUCACCCCGAGGCACCCGUUCCACACUUCUUGGAAAACGAAUUCGAGAUAAUUCGCAAAACGGCUUCCACGACUGGGCCUUUAUGACGACUCAUUCAUGGGAGGAAAAUCCGACCGGAACGUGGACUCUGGAAAUAUUUAACGAAAAGACCCCGAGUUUCUUCUCAGGUUCGAAACCGAACAUGCUACGCACGUGGGAGCUGAAGUUCUACGGGACGUACGAGAACCCCAAUCCCGCAUCCCUUAGGAAGCAGCCCGUUCCCGCGUGUGACAUCGAGUGCGAGGGUGGGUGUACGGGACCACAGGCAGACCACUGCUAUCAUUGCAAGAAUUACAAACAGAACCGCACCGGAGAGUGCGUGGCUUCCUGUGGUGCUAGCGACUUUGCAGAUGACCUCACCAAGCAGUGUCGCUCGUGUAGCUUGACAUGUGCAACGUGUAACGGCCCCUCACCCAACGACUGUCUCUCGUGCCAUCCCCCUCUCCUUCUUCACAAUGGCAAGUGUGUGAACUUCUGCCCCUUGGGCUGGUUCAAAUCUGUCUCUGUCUGUAAGAAGUGUGAUGCAUCGUGCAGAGCAUGCGCAGGAUCAGCCAAUCAGUGCACAGAGUGCGCGCCUUCGCAGAAAGUCUUCCAAAGCAAAUGCGUUAUGAACUGUGCGCCUGAUGAGUUCUUUGACGGCUUGAGAUGCACUAAAUGCCACCCUUCCUGCAAGGAAUGCAGCAAAGAAGGUCAUUUGGGAUGCACUAAGUGCGGCUUCAGGACCUUGAAUGGGAAGACAAACAAAUUAUACUUGAGUAAUGGAGAGUGCAAGCACGUGUGUCCCGCGGGAACCUUCGAGGACGAUGUGAGUUACGAAUGUCAUGGGUGUCAUCCGAGCUGUAGUAGCUGUCAGAAGACUGGCAAGGCUGACGACUGCACGGCGUGUGCAUCUGGCUUAGUUCGUGUGGGAAGUCCCACGGGGACUUGUGAACAGAGAUGUCCUGAAGGACAUUUCCCAUCAAAUGGCAUCUGCAAGUCAUGUGACCCUGGCUGUACUACCUGCUCGACAUCAGAUCCCAAGAAAUGCACUUUCUGCGCUAAGGGAAGAUUCUUACAAAACUACGCAUGCGUAACUGCUGACCAGUGCCCCGCGGGCACAUAUGCAAAUGUGACAGAGAGAAUUUGUGACUUGUGCUACGGCACAUGCGCGGAGUGCACGGGAGCCGCUGACCACAUGUGUACUGCCUGCACAGACGGAUACCAUUUGAUGGGUUCGAGGUGUGUGGUACAGUGUCCCGAAAAGAUGUUCGUGGCAGCGAGUGGCAGUUGCCAGCAAUGCCCCGCCUCCUGUCAAUCAUGUUACGGCAUCAACACGACAAGCUGUCUGUCCUGUGUACCCCCUUAUGUUCUUCAUGGUACCCAGUGCGUCUCUAGCUGUCCGGAGGGGUCCUACAUGGACCGGGCGCUCCACCAGUGUUUGUCUUGUCACGCAAGCUGUGUCACGUGCAAUGGAACUGGCCCUGAAGAAUGUCACUCAUGCAGAGCUGGUGCGGAUCUUUCUGAUGGUUCCUGUGUGACGAACUGUUCAAAGGGGAAAUACCCGGAUGUUGCCGGUAGCUGUCAGUCAUGCCACAAGUCGUGCCUCGCGUGCACCGGGCCAUCAGACAGACAUUGCACGGAAUGCAAAGGCGUCAAGUUCCUAAGUCCUACCACAGGUGCAUGCUCAUACGAAUGUUCAACUGGUUACUAUGGCGACGCAGCGAGCGGGCUGUGCCUUCCCUGUCAAUCAGGAUGUAGCGCAUGUCACGUGACGGGCCAGUGCACUGCUUGUAUGCUUGGACUACACCUGUACAACAAAACCUGCGUUCCAAGCUGCCCCAGUGGCACCUAUCUGGACAGGGACACAAACAGUUGUCAGCAGUGUGGCCAGACAUGCCAAGAAUGCACAAAAACAGCAAGUCACUGCAUCACCUGUGGGGAUAACCGCGUUUUAAGUAACAACUCGUGUAUCAAUCUCUGUCCGAGUGGAACGUUUCUCGUCAAAGGAAUACACAGGUGCCGGCCAUGCCACGAGAGCUGCGCUGAGUGUACUGGAGCUGGGCAUGACCGCUGUACAAAGUGCAAUCACGGGCUCGUCAAAGUGUGGUCCCAAUGUCUUGCAAGCUGUCCACCAUCUUAUUUCUUUAACCCACGUGACAUGCAGUGCGAGCCUUGUGAUUACUAUUGCAGUACUUGUGAAGGAGGGAACGGCUUGAGAAACUGUAGCGCGUGUGUGGCGCCGUUUAUUUUACUGGAUAGCUACUGUGUACGCGAGUGCCCCCAGAAAGGUCACUUCUUAAAUGCCAAGCUUCGACAGUGUAAAAAGUGCCAUUCGUCCUGCUCGAGUUGCAUCGGACCAUCCGCAAAUGACUGCAUCACGUGUUCCGACCCCAGCAACGCCCUCAUCGGGUUCACUUGCAAAGCCAACUGCACUCCUGGGCAAUUCAAGAACACGGCUACGAGAGUCUGCGAAAACUGCCACCCGACUUGCGCAUCGUGCUCGUCAAGCGGCCCCAAGUGCACAUCCUGCAUCCCUGGCCUCGUCCUCUCCGAGAAGGGCGGGGUGUGUGAGUCCGAGUGCAGUAAAGGCCGUUACAAGUCCGGUGAUGCAUGCAAGCCAUGUCACGUGUCUUGUAACGCCUGCAGAGGCCCUGCAAAGGGCGACUGUUUAAGGUGUAACCCUGGCCAUGUGUACUUUAAACACACUUGUGUUACGGAAUGUCCGGAGGGUACAUUUGUUGAUGAUAGCGACGGUGCCGAUGCUAGGCGAUGUCGCCCGUGCCACGCUGCAUGUCGAACUUGUACCGGAUUAUCUGUGGAUGAAUGCACGAGUUGUAGUAAACAUCUGUUCCUGCAGAAGACUUCAUGUGUGCUUCAGUGCUCAGCGGCCUACGAACCCGAUAGCUCAAGUAUGCUUUGCAAGCCAUGCGAGAAAUCCUGUCCAGACUCCCCGUCCAGACCUCGAAAUCGGUCUGUUCAAAAUUUUCAGAUGCUGCGGGUCCUACUCGCAAGCCCGCGGGACAGUCACGUGAUUGGUAUUGCUGUGACGUCAAUAAUAGUAUGUGUUGGACUGUUCUUUGUUGUGUUUGGGGUACUCCAGACACGAUCUGCGGGAGGCCUGUGUUGGCGACGGAGAUACACAAUCUUAAAAGCUGAUUUUCAGAAAGAUUGCAGCGAAGAUGAAAUGGGCUUAAUUGAAAAUGAAGACGGCACCGAAGGCACUGCAUAACUAACAUUCAAAUGAUAUAGUAAUAUAUUCGAUACAUGAAGAAUUGGCGUACGUCCUGAUUGGUUAGUUGUUACGAGUCACGUGAUUGUGUACCUAGCCUUCUAUCGGCCACAAGUCACGUGGUCACUUACGAACAACAACUAUCUUUUAUUCACACGUUUUGACUGUUUUUACUGCUGCAAUCAUGCGAAUGGAUAAGACGUCUCCUUUUGGCUGCAACAAGCCACGUGACUGUGUACGUCGUUUCCUAUUGGCCGCAACAACGCCGUCUCCUAUUGGCUGCAACAAGCCACGUGAUUGUGUACGUCGGUCUCCUAUUGGCCUCAACAAACCACGUAACUAUGUAUGUCGUCUUCUAUUGGCUGCAUCAAAUCAGGUUGCGCACGUGUCAUAUUGGCAUGAAACGAGUCAAAUGUCAAAGUCUAUUUUGUCUCUUAUUGGCUGAAAAAGUCACAUGAAUACGAUGAAAUUUCCCGAGAAGUUGUAUCAUACAACCCGGCCAGUACAAAACUGGAACCAAAAUGGAAUAACAAAAGCAGCUCUUUAUCGCCAACCAUACAGUUGACUUCUAUUUACAACUUGGCAAUGGACGCACUCUUUAAUUAUUUCUGUAUUUUAAGAUGGAAUGGAUAAAAGUGACUAAUCGGGCUAUCAGUAUUCUAUGUGCUGUCGAUUCACAUGAACUUCAUUUACUAGCAAACCAGCCUGGCAAAGAUACGCUCCAGGGCGUAUCAAAACUUGAAGAAAUCCAUCUAUAAUCAUCUUUAAAAUUUGCGUCUUUGGUGACUGAAUGACUAACCACUUUCUUAAAAAUUCACACGCAUCACACUUGAAACUAAAAACGAUCAUAGCGCUUUCAUAUAAACCUGUAUACUUAUACUUAACUGAGUGAUAUGGCAAGCAUUUGGCAUUUAAACCGAUUCCUCAAUCGCUUAGGGAAAAAGCAACAACUGGGAAUAUAAAAGGUGAAGGAGUUUUUAAACUAAGGCUGCUUUUAAAGGCUUUGGUCAGAGUUGAAGACAAGUAUGUCUUUUGGUUUCAGUUUCAAAAGCGGCACUUUCCCUGAAGCAUAUUUCACUAAUCAGCAAUUUGCACUUUGGCUUAGUUCUAAUGUCGUUGAGCCGAAUUCAAACUCUGUGUCAAGCUCAUUUUCAUUUGACAUUUGAUACUGAUGAUUUAUCUGUGAUACAACAUGCGAAUUUUAAAUCCUCUUUCAGCCACCAUUUUGUCAUCCAAGUAAAAAAAGCAUCUAAUUUGGGAAAGCUUUUGCUGUGUUUUUUAUCGGAUUUGGUAAGUGAGGUAUAAAAUGCUGUUUUAAGGUGGUUACUUCGAGAUUUUAUAAUUUGAUUCCAAUAUUUUAUGGAAACAUGAUAACAAAGGCGUGGCUGGCAAGGACACUCUAACUAUAGUUAUCUUCUAGUAAAAAAUUCUUCUCUUUCACUACUUUUAAUAUCAGACGUUUUCUGCUCCACUCCUAUAAUCUCCUCUAAAAACAAUAAUGGUCACAGCCAUCAUAUAUUUUCUAACAAUCAAAGGAAAUUGAAAUAUAGUUUUAUAUUAAUUUUAUAUUAUAUACAGAUUUGUAUAUUUGCAAGCAAUAAAAGAUGCUUAAUAUAAUCAAAAUUAAUAAUAUUUCCCACUCGUGGAAAAUUCUCCAUCAGAAAUCAAAUACUAUUCAGAACCAAAAGUUGUACAAUAAGAGAACUCGAUAAAAAAGGAUUAAUAAAAAGAACUAGCUGUUCAA